UACAACUAGUCCAAAACUCUGCUGCCCGCAUCAUUACCAGAACCCCCUCCAUCAGUCACAUAACACCUGUCCUGUGUAACAGUGAUAUUUUGAACACAUUGAAUGGAAAUACAUCCAGAGGUUAAAAGAUACUUAAAAAUGUGCAUAAAAGUAUAAGCUAAAAGCUGCUAAGUUAAGAUACUGUAAUUAAUUGCACUGCUUGGUUGAAAAGAUGGUCAGUCAUAAGCUAAAACUGCUAAGUUAAAAUGCUGUAAUUCAUUGCACUGCUUGGGUAAAAAGAUGGUCAUUCAUUUCUUUGAGUUGAAAUGCACUAUGAUCUGUAGAUCAGUAAUCCAUUGCUCUGACCUUGUCAGGUAAAAGAGGCUUAAAAGAUAAAUAGGAUAAAAAGGUGAUUUGUGUUUAAAAUGCUGUCUAAGAUACCUAUGAGAUUAUGGGAAAAAAUGCAUUUGAAAGGACAUUUUGCAGUAUUUCUUUGUUUCCUUAAGUUUUUAUUUGUUUCCGGUUUUAAGCACUAGCUGAGUUGUUAAUCUGUGUUCGAUUACUAAUGCCUUGUCCGAACUGUAGGGGAAUGUGUGGCUUCCGCUCGUCCAUUACAACAUUGGACUUGAGUGAAGCAACAUUGUGUCCGUGUAGUUCAUUCUAUUUUCCCCUUUUACAGGGGCACAACAUUUGGAGGCACCGCUGGGAUUGUGUGCAGCUUGGACCAGCAUCUACAAGAGAUGUCCCCAGCCGUCGCACAUCUCUGUUAAACAACCCAGAUAAUUCGGAGCAGGAGGUGGAUCAGCGGCAGUGGGAUUCCGAUCGUCUUAGGGGCAGCUUGUAUGUGAUCUGAGGUAUUUCUACAUACCAGGAGAGCUACUAUUACUACCCAAAGAGUGAAAGAUACCACGUCACUGCUAGCAACCACGCUCUGCUGGAAAGAUGGAGUCGACAGAGUUAGAGAAGUUACAGCUUGAAGUAAUAAGAGAGUUGUGUCUGCUGCCCCGAGAAAGUUUAGUGGAGAUAUGUGACUAUCUAAUCAUUGCCGGAGCAGAGUUUGAGCAUGUUUCUGACAAGGGCCGAACUGCUCUCAUCACACUAAUUUCGAGCCACAUCCAGAGAACAGAGCUAGAAAAGCUUGAGGAUAAAGGCAUGGCUGAACUACUCCAUCUUCAAGACAAACUUUCUGAGCUCCAGGUAGCUUGUAAAGCGGGCACACUAAAACAAGUAGACGAGCAACAGAAAAAACAGAACGAGGAGGAGGACAGACUAUUGAAGGAAAUUGAGGCCUUGCAGCUUCGGUUGGCAAGCACACAGAAACGGAAUGUGAAUGAAAAGCAGGAGAAAAGAGAAAUGAAAAGCAUGGCCCCCACUAGUCAGCCACCACCGAGAUCAGUUAACAGUCCUGCCCCUCACCCAUGGCACAAAGACUUUAAGAUCGCAGGCCAAAUUGGUGAGCCCGGUCAGAAAGACAAGCUGACUUUUUCAAGCCUAGCACGACAAAUUGAACAUGGCUUAAGCAAGGGGUUCCCUGAACUUGAGAUUGUAGAUGCAGUGAUCAGAGCGAUAUCCCCUGGCAUGCAACUUCGAAGUUAUUUAGAGGGCAAAGCCAGCUUACCCUUACCCACAUUGAGGCGUAUACUACGUUGUCAUUAUCAAGAAAAAAGUGCGACUGAACUUUAUAAGCAGCUGACCUCAGAGGUGCAGGGCAUCAAAGAAACCCCACAGAGUUUCCUUAUUCGCACCUUUGACCUGAGACAAAAGAUCUUGUUCGCUUCGCAGGAAGAUGAGUCAGGUCUCCAAUAUGACCCUGGAUUAGUGCAAAAAAUGUUUCUUCACACUGUGUUAACUGGCCUCCAGAAUGACAACAUCAGGCGGGAUCUUCAGCCUUAUUUGGAACAAGUGGACAUCUCUGAUGAACUGUUGCUUGAGAGAAUGAAUACAGCAUGUGCCUAUGAGACCGAGAGACAGAACAAGAAAAGAAUGUCAGGACAACAGAAGCCUGUUACCGCCCACUCAGUCCAGUCGAGCGAUGCUCCUGCUGAAAGGAAUGAAAAACCUCCAACCCAACAACAUUCUAAAGUUUCCCCAGUUGUUCUUUCCCAGCUUGAGGAAAUUAAAUUUGAGAUGGCUCUGUUGAAAGAUCUCAAAGCUGAAGUGUCUCAAAUUAGGGAGUCCAUGCAACAGCCCCAGCACACCCCUAGACAGCCACUGCCAGCAGGGGGGGCCGAUGGUGCAUCAGGACUGCAAUUCUCGGGUCAGCGGGUGCAAGAUCUGCCACAGGGGUACUGGUUCACUCCGGACCACAGACACCAAGGAGGAACUGCCCAGUAUCAGCAAAGGUUUGCCCCCCAGCGCAGCUUUGCCCCAGCAAAUCGUGGACGAAGGAGAAGAUGUUUUGGCUGUCAACAGAGUGGAGCUGGAGAUUAUUGCACACACUGUUACAGGUGUGGCAGCAGCGAGCACUUCCUGGCCGGCUGUCGAGCAAGGGAACAGAGACAGCUUGGAGGUGAGCCUUUAAAUGGGGGAAGGUCACUCGCACGGGACGGGGAGUGACUGAUAAUGACGGAAGGUCCCAGGAAUGUGCACAUUGUGGACAAAAGGGUGAGGGAGCAAUCCUAAAGCAAUGUGCAUCUUGUAAGAAAGUGCUUUACUGUUCUAGGCCAUGUCAAGUUGAUAAUUGGGAUGAACACAAAAGAGUAUGUGGACCUCCCUCAUGUCUGACAACGAACACUACCCCAACAAGAAAAACAAAAGCUAAGAGAGCACCAUUGGUAGGGGAGAAGCACAUUGUUGAUUGUUUCAUCCAAGAUCAAAGGGUUCAGGCGUUGUGGGACUCAGGCUCCCAAGUGACCAUAAUUGAUGAGAUAUGGAAAGAAGCACACCUGCCAGACCUAAGAUUAAGAGACAUUUUAGAAAUUUUAGAUAUUACCCCAGAUUUUGACAUAAAAGCCGCAAAUGGGGAGAGUAUGCCAUACACGGGUUGGGUUGAGGCAACUUUCAGAUUGGUUUCAGGGGCUGCAUCCAAUACAGAAAUUAUUGUCCCCAUACUAGUAAUGAAGGGUGGUCUGCUUACUCAACCAAUUAUUGGGUCUAAUGUAAUUAAGAUUAUUAUAGACAGCGAACUGAGACAGUCCAACAUUACUGAUCAAGAACAGCUGAGUAGAACAGUAAGGGCAGCUUUCCCAGGCCAAGCAAAGGCUUUUGUAAAACAAGUAACUGCUGUUGUAGGACAAGUCACUAACCAGCAAGUGGAUGAGUAUGUCGUCAA